AUGAGAACCUCGCAUCAAAAUCGCCUUGUCGCAAAUGGCGUACCCAUCAGUGAAUUCUCCCAACAAUACCGGUGCCAUCCGGAUAUCGCACUAGAAUCGCCUUUCGCCUUCGAGGAGAACCAUAUGGCUCGCCACCGAACUGCCCAUGAUACUGUUCGUGCUCGAUUCAUUCGGGGAAGUGGAACAACGAUUCUUGAGGUAUAA